AGAAUUGAAUGAAUUUUAUGUCAAUAUAUGGCAGCUGAGAACUCGUGAAAUAGGCGCGGAGCAGAAUGCUGAUGAAUAAGCAUUCAAGCCGUAGUUGUGCGCACGACUGCAAGCGAGACACUUCGUUUCUAUCGAAUUAAGGAAUCGUACGUAAUAAUACCCUUAAAAGGUUUUUGUUAAUAAAUAAAAAAAUGCUACAAUUUCGUAAAAAUAACCGUGCUUUGAAGUGUGUCAAUGGAUAUGUAUUCAACAUUAUCUGUUGCAUACUAUUCGCGUUACUUGCGAACAGCGCUCAAGGCCUUCAGCUCAGCGCCUUUACAACGAAAACGCCGAGAGUUUCUAAAUAUACUACUAAAUCGCCAUCGGCAUCUUCGAUGAAUCAUGAUGCCACUACUUCGAUUUAUCGCUUAAAUGCUACUAAUGGCAUCACCUGCAUUCUUAUGCAAGUAGAUGGUUUAAUAAGUAUCCGAUAUCGGAAUAAGUUGAACGAGGAUGUGGAGGCAGACCUAUAUAUGCCGGAUAAUCCAGUCUUGAGCGGCGAGUGUGACAAUACGAAUUUGGAAAUAUUGACCAUGGACUUCAAGGGCUUUUCGCUGUCCAUGACUUUCAAAAAGUCGUCAGGAGGCGAGGGGUGGUACAUCAACGUUUUUGAGCUAACAUACUCCUCAUCGAAUCCAUUAUUCGAACAUCCUGACCGUCCCAAUUUGAAUGUGAAAUUGACCUCUCCAGCACAAACGCCCAUGUAUUUUCCAACGCCCGUGGGCAAGUCGUACCUUUGUGACAAGGAACAAACUGUGAUUUUGUAUGCCCCUCACGAUUCUGGCGAUCAGUCUGGUCAUAUUGCGCGUCUUUACUUGCGCGACAUGCAUAUGCAAAGCUUUAUGUUCAAGGAGAGCGGCAAGUGGGGACCAUCCUUCCACUGUAGUGCCACCGGAUCCUAUCGCGACGAAACGGCACCCUUAGCCGUAGGUACAGCACUGGCCAUUGCGGUUCUAUUGACUAUUUCGGGCUACGGUGGUUGGCGGUAUUUCAAAGUCAAGAAGGUUCAGUACGGGUCGAUGGAGUAAACCAAGCCUCAAUGUACUACAAUUAACUUAAUUCUUUUCGAAUCAUACCUUUCUGUUAUUUGUUGUAGCCAGUAUUGAAGUAUCCAACUAUAUUAUCAUGUUCUUAAAGGUAAAGGAAAUUGUGAGUCAUCGGAACCACAAACAUAAUUGUUACAAAAUUAUAUAUAUAUAUAAAUAAAUGCAAAUGUCUUCCAUAUAGCUAAUAUUAUGUGAAAUGUUAAAUAUUAUAUUUAUUAUAAUUACGCUCAUGUGCAUUUGUUAAAUAUAUGCGAGUAUAUAUUUACAUAACUAACCAAAACUUAUUGCAAACCUAUUGAAAACUUUCAAAUAUGUAAAAGCAAAACUCUGUUUAUUACACAUGCAAAAUUUAAGGAAGGAAACUGAAAUAGAUAGACCUCCUAUAUAUACCACA